UAGGAAUUCCAAAUUCCUGUAAAAAAAGAAAAUAGGUGAAUUUGGGUGGUGGGGGGGAAGGUCUUAAAGAGCCCACUCUGCUGUAGGACUGUAGAGGGAGAAGGGCAACGGGAAUGGAAGUUGAGGAGAUAGUAGAGAAACUGAAAGGAAAGUUGCAGAGAGGCUUGCAUGUGAUGCCAGAAAGCUGGCUUCUCUGCCAUGGGCUCUAGGCUGCUUGGAUUCCCAGGAGUCCUAGGGAGGCAUCCACCCCUACAUGUGGCUACAUUCUUCUGGGGUCAGGCCUUGGGUCAGUGCUUUAAUAGGGAAGGAUCCAGGAAUCAUGGCUUGGAGAUGCCUGGAUGGGCUUCCCCAGGGCCCUGCUGAGCCAUGGAGAGAACUCUGGAGAUUGGGCUCAGGGCCCCUGCACUCUGUACCUCCUUUCUCACCUCCAACCAGGAGCAGCAGGCACUGUAGAAACUUGAGGAGGGGGAGCAUAGAUGACUGGAAACAGAAUCUAGAGUCUUCAGAUAACGUGGACAUGUUGCCACCUUCAGGUUUUGCUGGGCUGAUUCCCCCCUCCCACUUCCAAGCUCGUCCCCUUCCAACUGUGCCACGAAUGGCACCGACCUGGGUCUCAGACAUUCCCCUGAUUCGAUCCCCAGUCCAUCAAGAUGUCUCAGAGAGGCGGGUAGACACUCAGAAGCCUCCAGUGACCAUGGGGGAAUGGGAUGUUUCUGGCCAUGGGCAAGGGCCAGGGUGGAGAGCCAGGUCCCUGGAGAUGGAUGGGUCACGGGCCCUGAGCCAGCAGGCAGAGCUGAUCUCUCAGCAGCUGCAAGAGCUUCGGCAGCUGGAGGAGGAGGUCCGGUCCCUACGGGAGACCUCGCUGCAGCAGAAAAUGAGGCUGGAGGCCCAAGCUGUGGAGCUGGAGGCUCUGGCACGGGCAGAGAAGGCUGGCCGAGCUGAGGCUGAAGGUCUGCGUGCUGCCUUGGCUGGGGCUGAGGUUGUUCGGAAGAAACUGGAAGAGGGGAACCAGCGGGAGCUAGAGGAGGUUCAGAGGCUGCACCAAGAGCAGCUGUCCUCCUUGACACAGGCUCACCAGGAAGCUCUUUCCAGUUUGACCAACAAGGCUGAGGGCUUGGAGAAGUCUCUGAAUAGUCUGGAAAGCAGGAGGGCAGGGGAAGCCAAGGAAUUGGCUGUGGCCCAGAAGGAGGCUGAGUUGCUGCGGAAGCAGCUAAAUGAAACCCAAGAAGACUUGGAGACUCAGGUGACCCUGGUAGAGAAUCUGAGGAGAUAUGUGGGGGAACAAGUCCCUCCCAAGGUCCACAGCCAGGCGUGGGAGCCAGAGCGACAAGAGCUUCUGAACACUGUGCAGCAUUUGCAGGAGGACCGGGCCAGCCUGCAGGCCACUGCAGAGUUGCUGCAGGUACGGGUGCAGAGCCUCAUGCACAUGCUCACCCUACAGGAGGAGGAGCUGACCAGAAAGGUUCAACCUUUAGAUGCCUUGGAGCCAGAGUUUACUAAGAAGUACCAGUCCCUGUUGCAGCGCUGGCGGGAGAAGGUGUUUGCCCUCACAGUGCAGCUUAAGGCCCAGGAGAUAGAGCACAGAGACCACAUGAAGCAGCUGAAGGGACAGGUGGCUGAGCUCCAGGAACAAGUGACCACCCAGAGCCAGGAGCAGGCCAUCCUACAGCGCUCCCUGCAGGACAAAGCCGCGGAGGUGGAGGUGGAGCGCCUAAGUGCCAAGGCCCUACAGAUGGAGCUGAGCCGUGCUCAGGAAGCUCGGCGGCGGCGGCAACAACAAACAGCCUCGGCUGAGGAACAGCUGAAGCUUGUGGCCAGUGCUAUCAGCAGCUCUCAGAUCUACCUCCAGAGCACCAUGACCAAGAUGGAACAGGCUGUUGCUCGACUUCCCAGCCUCAGCAAUCGACUCAGCUAUGCUGUCCGCAAAGUCCACACCAUUCAGGGCCUGAUGGCUCGAAAACUGGCCCUUGCUCAGCUGCGCCUGGAGAGCUGCCCCUCACCUCCACCCCAACCCCCAGCAGACAUGGACAUGAACCUUGAGUUGCAGCAACUGCGGGAAGAACGUAACCGCCUGGAUGCAGAACUACAGCUGAGUGCCCACCUCAUUCAGCAGGAGGUGGGCCGAGCCCGGGAACAAGGGGAGGCAGAGCGGCAGCAGUUGAACAAGGUGGCCCAGCAGCUGGAACAGGAGCUACAGCGCACCCAGGAGUCCCUGGCCAGUGUGGGACUACAACUGGAAGCAGCUCGUCAAGGCCAGGAGGAGAGCACCAAAGAGGCUGCCAGUCUCCGGCAGGAGCUGACCCAGCAGCAGGAGAUCUAUGGGCAAGCUCUGCAAGAGAAGGUAGCUGAGGUGGAGACUAGGCUGCGGGAACAGCUGUUAGACACAGAGAGGAGACUGAAUGAGGCCCGGAGGGAGCAAGCCAAGGCUGUGAUCUCCUUGCGUCAGAUUCAGCGCAAAGCUACCAGAGAAAAGGAGCGGAACCAGGAGCUCAGGCGUCUGCAGGAUGAGGCUCGGAAGGAGGAGGGACAGCGACUGACCCGGCGCGUGGAGGAGCUAGAGAGGGACAAGAAUCUUAUGCUGGCCACCUUGCAGCAGGAGGGUCUGCUCUCCCAUUACAAGCAGCAGCAACUGUUGGCAGUUCUUCCCUCUUUAUUGAAUGAAGAGAAAUCUGUUGAGUCUAGCCCCAAGCCUCCAGGAUCCUCAGCACCUAUGUCUCCACCAGCAGCCCUGUCCACUAGGGAGUCCAUAAAAGGGUCCCUUUCUGUCCUGCUUGAUAACCUGCAGGGCCUGAGCGAGGCCAUUUCCAAAGAGGAAGCUAUUUGUCAAGGAGACAACCAGAACUCCCCUGCUCCAGCCCGCAGUUGAACAGCUAAGCAUUUGGAGCUUGAGGGAAAGGCAGCCAAGGGCUGGUUCCCAAGAGGAUCAGAGGAUCACGGAGAAAUACAUAAGAGGCCAGCCCAGCCCUCUUCCUUCAUUCAGCCUUAGGGACACCAGCUUCCACCAAGUCUGAA